AUGCCCGAGGGCGGCGGUGGCGACGGCGGGGAGGUGCCCGCGCUCAUCCCGGACGGCGAGCCGCUGCGGGAGGAGCAGCGGCCCCUGAAACAGUCCCUGGGAAGCUCCCUGUGCCGCGAGUCGCACUGGAAGUGCCUGCUCCUCACGCUGCUCAUCCAUGCCUGCGGGGCCGUGGUGGCCUGGUGUCACCUGGCCACAGUGCCACGGCUGGUCCUGGGGCCUGAGGCAGCCCUGGCCCGUGGGGCCGGGGCCCCGCCGCCUACCUACCCGGCCAGCCCCUGCUCCGAUGGCUACCUGUACAUCCCGCUGGCCUUUGUCUCCCUCCUCUACCUCCUCUACCUGGCCGAGUGCUGGCACUGUCACGUGAGGUCGUGCCAGGCGCCGCGCACUGACGCCCACACCGUGCUGGCCCUGAUCCGCCGGCUGCAGCAGGCGCCACCGUGCGUCUGGUGGAAGGCCACCAGCUACCACUACGUGCGACGCACGCGCCAGAUCACGCGCUACCGGAACGGCGACGCCUACACCACGACGCAGGUCUACCACGAGAGGGCGGACAGUCGCACGGCGCGCGGCGAGUUCGACUACUCGGCGCACGGCGUCCGCGACAUCUCCAAGGAGCUGGUGGGCCUGGGGGACCACGCGGCCACGCGGCUGCGCUUCACCAAGUGCUUCAGCUUCGGCAGCGCCGAGGCCGAGGCCUCGUACCUCACCCAGCGCGCGCGCUUCUUCGGCGCCCACGAGGGCCUGGACGACUACCUGGAGGCGCGCGAGGGCAUGCACCUGAAGGACGUGGACUUCCGCGAGUCCCUCAUGGUCUUCGCCGACCCCCGCAGCCCGCCCUGGUACGCCCGCGCCUGGGUCUUCUGGCUCGUGUCGGCCGCCACGCUGUCCUGGCCGCUGCGCGUGGUGGCCGCCUGCGGCACGGCGCACGUGCACUACCAGGUGGAGAAGCUCUUCGGCGCCAGCUCGUCCCCGCUGGGGGCCGCGCCCAGCGCACCCCCGCUGUCCCGCGUGGCCACGGUGGACUUCACCGAGCUCGAGUGGCACAUCUGCUCCAACCGGCAGCUGGUGCCCAGCUACUCAGAGGCCGUGGUCAUGGGCGCCGGCUCGGGCGCCUACCUGCGCGGCUGCCAGCGCUGUCGCCGCUCCGUCAGCAGCAACUCGCUGCCCCCGGCCCGGCCCAGCGGGUCCCGCCUGCCCUUCAGCCGCAGCCGCCUGUCGCUCGGAGCCGGGGGCCGGGCCACGCCUGGGGUCUUCCGCAGCCUGAGCGGGGGGCCGCUGGGGCGCCGUGCAGAGGACACAGAGCCCCUGGAGAGCCCGCCGUGCUACGAGGACGCCCUUUACUUCCCGGUGCUCAUCGUCCACGGUGAUGGCGGAUGCCAAGGGGAUGGGCAGGGUGCGCUCUGA